GAUUUUGAACGGGGUACGUCUCCCAUAGUACGUUGCGUUUCCUCUUUCUUUACGGCGGCUGAGUUAAACUCAGAAAAAUGGUCCGCUACUCUUUGGAUCCAGAAAACCCCACUAAAUCUUGCAAAGCAAGGGGUUCCAACCUUCGUGUUCAUUUCAAGAACACACGAGAAACUGCACAAGCCAUCAAAGGCAUGCAUAUCCGUAAGGCCACCAAAUAUCUGAAGGAUGUUACUUUAAAGAAACAGUGUGUGCCUUUCCGCCGUUACAAUGGUGGUGUUGGACGCUGUGCUCAGGCUAAGCAGUGGGGCUGGACACAGGGUCGUUGGCCAAAAAAGAGUGCAGAGUUUCUGUUACACAUGCUUAAGAAUGCCGAGAGCAAUGCUGAACUUAAGGGUUUGGAUGUUGAUUCAUUGGUAAUUGAGCACAUCCAGGUGAACAAAGCUCCUAAAAUGCGCAGACGUACAUACCGUGCCCAUGGCCGAAUCAACCCCUACAUGAGCUCUCCCUGCCAUCUUGAAAUGAUCCUCACUGAAAAGGAACAGAUUGUUCCUAAACCAGAGGAAGAGGUUGCUCAGAAGAAAAAGGUUUCACAGAAGAAACUGAAAAAGCAGAAACUCAUGGCUCGGGAGUAAAUUUCACAUAUAUAAAUAAACACUUAAAAAUCGUU